UAGUACUGGCAUUGAUCUUGUGGCCGAGCAUCAGCUCAGACAGCAUCAUGUUUUUGUGGUUGAUAACUGUUGUUGUCGUGUUGUGGAUAGUAGUGUUCAGGUUCAGAAGAAGAAAAAUGUAUGAAUUAGCUGCUAAGAUUCCGGGCCCCAAAGAGGAGAUGCCUAUAAUAGGCAUAGCCCAUAUGUUAGCCGGGAAUACAGAUGACAUUAUGAAGGCUUUACAAGGCAUAAGUUACUCGGCAAUGAGUCAUGAUGGAAUACUACGCUGUUGGGUUGGACAUAUUUUAUACUUCAUUGUUAUAGACCCAGUCGAUUUGGAAGUUGUGUUGAAGACUUGCUUGGAAAAGGACGACCUUCAUCGUUUUAUAAGAAAAAUUAUUGGAUAUGGUGGAAUAUUUGCACCAGUGUCUAUAUGGAGGCGACGCCGUAAGAUUUUAGUACCGGCUUUCAGUCCGAAAAUUGUAGAGAAUUUUGUUGAGAUAUUUUCUCAGCAAAGCGAGAAGUUAGCAUCGAAGCUUACCGAUUAUGCUAACAAAGGUCCCGUCAAGUUGUGGAAUUUCGUAAGCACAUAUACAUUGGACUCCGUGGGUGAGACUGCGAUGGGCGUGAAAAUCAACGCACAAGAUAAUAAAGAUACUCCUUUCCUAAAAUCUAUGCAAAUUAUUUUACAUUUAGUAUGUGAACGAGUAUUUCAUUUGUGGUUGCAACCAGAUUGGCUUUAUAAAUUAUUUCCACGAUACGUGUCACAUGAAAAAAAUAUAAAGGUGAUGCAUGAUUUCACCAACGAGGUAAUAUCUAAAAAGCGAGAGGAACUAAAACUAGAAAACAAUCGCAAGUCAGAAGUUGAUCACGAUUUCGACAUAAGUAGCUAUCAAAAGCAGACUUUCCUAGACCUAUUAGUCCGUUUGUCCGGUGGCGAGCACGGCUACAGUGACGAAGAGCUGCGGGAGGAGAUACUCACAUUGCUGGUGGCUGGCACAGACACCUCCGCCGUGGGGCUAGGCUACACGCUCAAACUGCUGGCGAUGUAUCCUAAAGUGCAGGAUAAAGUAUACGAAGAAUUGCAAGAAGUAUUCGGCGACUCCGAUCGACCAUUGGUUAAGGAGGAUCUGUUAAAAUUAAAAUACUUGGAAAGAGUUUUAAAGGAAUCACUACGAUUAUUCCCGCCGGUACCGUUCAUUAUCAGAAAAGUUUUAGAGGAUGUUACUUUACCUUCAGGUAGAGUUCUUCCUGCCGGGUCAGGAGCAGCGGUCAGUAUCUGGGGCUUGCAUCGCGAUCCCAAGUACUGGGGCCCGGACGCCGAGGUUUUUGACCCUGACAGGUUCCUGCCGGAGAGGUUCAACCUGAAGUACGCCUGUUCCUUUAUGCCGUUCAGCAGUGGACCUCGGAAUUGUCUCGGUUACCAAUAUGCUUUAAUGUCAAUGAAGACGGCGUUGUCGGCGAUAGUGAGGCGUUAUAAGAUUGUCGGGGAAGAGGAGUCCGGCCCUGUCCCACAAAUAAACUCCAAAAUUGACAUCAUGAUGAAAGCUGUCGAUGAUUAUAAUAUUAGUUUAGAAAAAAGAGUCACGAAUAACUAAACAAUUUUAUUUGAC